UCAUCUUGUCCAGUCGCUUGUAAUGGAAGAGACGCUGAACACGAUGGAACUGCCUCGGAGGUUCCUCGCCGACAGCAAAUAUCUGCCAGACCUGAUGUUUGUGAUCCAUCUCCCCUCCUCGGAUUGGCCGACGCUGAAUACCUCGCUGCCUGGCGCUGUUUCAUAGAGCCUGUUGCCACUCAAUUCAGGCCUGACAUCAUCCUUGUUUCUGCCGGCUUCGAUGCCGCUCUUGGUCAUCCUGAUGCACUCGGCGGAUAUGCCGUCUCUCCGGCUUGUUUCGCCUGGAUGACACGUCAGGAUGCGAAAGAACAGCAUCGUGGAGUUAUGCAGGUGUAG